AUGGACCAGGAGGAUUCCAGCAGUGGGGGGCGACCGGCAGCACCUGGACUGCACACGCUGCGGUCUUCAGUCACCGACAGCAUAGCUCAAGGGAACGUUGGCGACCAACUGCAGCGGGCUGGUGGUAAGGCACAACGGAUGUCGGACCGGCCGGUUCACUCAGAAGAGCCCGGCACAGUAGACUCCCACCUGAGAGCGGCUAAAGAUGGAUCUUGCUCUCCGGAGUGGGAUGGGUUAACAUGUUGGCCAAAUGGGAUCCCAGGAAGUUUAACUGUGGUCCCCUGCCCAAGCUAUGUUUACGACUUUAAUCAUGACGGAUUUGCCUAUCGACACUGUGAGGAAGAUGGGAAGUGGAAGCUUGCGGGAAGUCUAAAUCGAACAUGGACAAAUUACACAGAGUGCUUCGUGCAAUACCAUAACAGUGACAGACAGGAAUUCUUUGAACGACUGUCAGUGAUGUACACCAUCGGAUAUGCUGUUUCACUCUGCUCACUGACCAUAGCCAUUAUGAUCAUGGGAUAUUUCAAAAGACUCCAUUGCACCAGGAACUAUAUCCACGUCCACUUGUUUAUCUCCUUCAUGCUCAGAGCCAUCAGCAUUUUCAUCAAAGACCAUGUUGUGUAUUCUUAUCUUGGAAAACAAUAUGACUCUUCUUCAAUGGAUGACCUGAAAGCCUUCACUGUCGCUCCUGUAACAGACAAGUUUUCUUAUGUGGGCUGCAAGAUUGCCGUUGUGUUGUUUCUCUACUUCUUCACCACAAACUACUACUGGAUUCUCGUGGAGGGCCUAUAUUUGCAUUGCCUCAUCCUGAUGGCCUUUCUGUCUGACAGAAAAUAUCUCUGGACUUUCACAUUCAUUGGAUGGGGUGUUCCAUCAGUCUUUACUGUGGCUUGGGCCGUUGUGAGAGCUACGUUAGCUGAUGAAAGAUGUUGGGAACUAAAUAUAGGCAACUUUCACUGGAUUUAUCAAACACCAAUUGUUAUCGCCAUUGUGGAAGACGCCUUCAGGAAAUUGGCAAAAUCGACGUUGAUUCUUGUGCUGGUCUUUGGAGUCCAUUAUGCUGUGUUUAUUGGUGUGCCACACACCUACACUGGAUUAGCAUGGGAAAUCAGGAUGCACUUUGAGCUUUUCUUCAACUCAUUCCAGGGAUUCUUUGUUGCCAUCAUCUACUGUUUCUGCACUGGAGAGGUUCAGACAGAAAUUAAAAAGUUAUGGACAAGGUGGACACUGUCCUUGGACUGGAAUGGCAAGACAAGUUGUGGUUCACACAGAUAUGCCACGGCACUAACCAACCUGACCAACAGCACCGCCAGCCACGAGCAGGUGACUGGGCACAUGUCACUGUUAACGUGCAAACUCCGCAAGAAUGGGGCCAAGCAGGAAAUUGCUCAGCUGACCUUACCUGGGUGUGUGAGAAGCAGCUCUGACCACGACAGUAUCCAGGCAGCCAUUCCAGAAGAAUUCAACGGAAAUGGAAAAAAACAAGAAGAUAUCAUUUUCCUUCGAGAACACUCAAAACCAGCUUAG